AUGGAGGCCCUCCCUGGGGCCUCCGGCCCAGAUCCUGGGGCCUCCGAGUGGCGCAGACUGUUUGUGGCAGCUCCCUUUGGAGGGGCAGCCAGCAGUGGGAGGGGCGGGCCGGGGCCAGGCCACAUGUUGGCAGCCUUGGGGUCCUGGGGGAGAAGGCAGGCCACUGGGGAGGAGGGUCUGGUCUCCAGUUCAGAGCUAAGUGGCAGCUGUGACUUGGCUGUGCUGUGUAGGCUGGAGCCAGAUAUCCUGCUUCGGGCCAAGCAAGAUUUCCUGAAGACAGACAGCGAAUCAGACUUCCAGCUCUUCAAGGAGCAGAGCGAGGGGCAAGGUGACCGGGGCCUGCGGGACCGAGACGUGGUGCUAGAGCGGGAAUUUCAGCGGGUCACCAUCUCCGGCGAGGAGAAGUGUGGGGUGCCAUUCACAGACCUGCUGGAUGCAGCCAAGAGUGUGGUGCGGGCACUUUUUAUCCGGGAGAAGUACAUGGCCCUGUCACUGCAGAGUUUUUGCCCUACCACCCGGCGGUAUCUGCAGCAGCUGGCUGAGAAGCCUCUGGAGACACGGACCUAUGAGCAGGGCCCUGACACCCCUGUGUCUGCUGAUGCCCCGGUGCACCCCCCUGCGCUGGAGCAGCACCCAUAUGAGCACUGUGAGCCGAGCACCAUGCCUGGGGACCUGGGUUUGGGUCUGCGCAUGGUGCAGGGCGUGGUGCACGUCUACACCCGCAGGGAAACUGAUGAUCAUUGCUCAGAGAUGGAGCUGCCGUACCCUGACCUGCAGGAAUUUGUGGCAGAUGUCAAUGUGCUCAUGGCCCUGAUUAUCAAUGGCCCCAUAAAGUCCUUCUGCUACCGUCGGCUACAGUACCUGAGCUCCAAGUUCCAGAUGCACGUGCUGCUCAACGAGAUGAAGGAGCUGGCCGCCCAGAAGAAGGUUCCACACCGAGACUUCUACAACAUCCGCAAGGUGGACACGCACAUCCACGCCUCGUCCUGCAUGAACCAGAAGCACCUGCUGCGCUUUAUCAAACGGGCGAUGAAGUGGCACCUGGAGGAGAUCGUGCACGUGGAGCAGGGCCGCGAGCAGACGCUGCGGGAGGUCUUUGAGAGCAUGAAUCUCACUGCCUAUGACCUGAGUGUGGACACGCUGGACAUGCACGCGGACAGAAACACCUUCCAUCGCUUUGACAAGUUCAAUGCCAAAUACAACCCCAUUGGGGAGUCUGUCCUCCGAGAGAUCUUCAUCAAAACCGACAACAGGGUCUCUGGAAAGUACUUUGCCCACAUUAUCAAGGAGGUGAUGUCAGACCUGGAGGAGAGCAAAUACCAGAACGCGGAGCUGCGACUCUCCAUCUACGGGCGCUCAAGGGACGAGUGGGACAAGCUGGCCUGUUGGGCCGUGAAGCACAAAGUACACUCCCCCAACGUGCGCUGGCUCGUGCAAGUGCCCCGCCUCUUUGACGUGUACCGUACCAAGGGCCAGCUGGCCAACUUCCAAGAGAUGCUGGAGAACAUCUUCCUGCCACUGUUUGAGGCCACUGUGCACCCUGCCAGCCACCCCGAGCUGCACCUCUUCUUGGAGCACGUGGACGGCUUUGACAGUGUGGAUGAUGAGUCUAAGCCCGAGAAUCACGUCUUCAACCUGGAGAGCCCUCUCCCCGAGGCUUGGGUGGAGGAGGACAAUCCACCCUAUGCCUACUACCUGUACUACACCUUUGCCAACAUGGCCAUGCUGAACCACCUGCGCAGGCAGAGGGGCUUCCACACAUUUGUGCUGAGGCCGCACUGUGGGGAAGCCGGGCCCAUCCACCACCUGGUGUCGGCCUUCAUGCUGGCGGAGAACAUCUCUCACGGGCUGCUUCUGCGUAAGGCCCCAGUCCUGCAGUACCUGUAUUACCUGGCCCAGAUUGGCAUCGCCAUGUCCCCACUCAGCAAUAACAGCCUCUUCCUCAGCUAUCACCGGAACCCGCUACCUGAGUACCUGUCUCGUGGUCUCAUGGUCUCGCUGUCCACUGACGAUCCCCUGCAGUUCCACUUCACCAAGGAGCCACUGAUGGAGGAAUAUAGCAUCGCUACCCAGGUGUGGAAGCUCAGCUCCUGCGACAUGUGUGAGCUGGCACGCAACAGUGUGCUCAUGAGCGGCUUCUCCCACAAGGACCCUCUGAAGCCUGGCUGUCCGGUGGGCAUCUAA